AAGCCAUCAAGGGUCCUGCAGUGUCACGGGCGCUUGAAUAAUCAAGUUUAAAUCAUACACGUGUAUAUUUACAAUUAUAUUUUCCCUGUUAAUCAGGAGGAUUUAAUAAUCGGUGAUGGAGGAGGUAGAUGUGGAGCCCAGUACAACGCUCAUUCCUGGCGCUGGGUUUCAUCAGAAUCACUUGGGGUUUGAGUGGGGGCCUGGAGAUCUAUUAGUCUACGAGACAAACUACAAACGUCAAGGUCCAAAAUCGGCGGGCUCUCCGUUCGUCCACAUCGUGAGGAAAGAUGAAGAUAUCUGCUCUCCAAUUCUGCGUAAGCUCUUCAAUGAGUCUCAUCACAUUUUCGUAGGCCUGCAGAAAAUCAAACAGGACGUGCCGAGCAAAAACAAGAAGACACAGUUUGUGAGUAUCAGUAAGAACUACAGGUCUGUGAUCAGAGCCUGUAUGGAGGAACUGCAGCAGAACGCAGUUGCAACUCAAGACCCACAGUAUGGAGAUCAGGUGUCUAUUCUUUUGGCCAUUGAGCUCAUCUGGAACUUGUGUGAGGUGCUCUUCAUUGACGCAGCUCCAGCCGGCUCACUGCUGCUCCACCUGCUGGACUGGGUGCGUCUACACAAGUCUGAUGUGGAUGCCAGAGCGAGAGAGGUGCUGCAGAGCGACAGCCCCACCCGACAUCAGUCCUACUGGGAAGUGGUGAUCAGUUUGGUUCUGCAGGGGCGUAUGGAUGAAGCUCGGCAGGUGUUGUCCAAACAGGCGUCUCUUCGGUCAGACAGCAGUUCUGUGUUCAAGCGUAUGGAUACCCUGUUACACACCAUGCCUAUAUUUAAUCCCACUGGCACUCAGACGCUGACGGAGUUUGACGUUAAAUGGAGACACUGGCAUGAAGAGUGUGACCGCUGUCUCCAGGAUAACACAUUUGCUAGUAACCGUCACUUGGAGACCAUCUGCAAGAUUAUGGUUGGCGAUGAGGAUGCGCUGCUGGAACAGAAAGAGUUAUUGAGCACCUGGUAUCACUUCCUGGUGACCCGACUGCUGUACUCUCACCCGAUAAUCAAACCACCCGAUCUGCACUACUAUGCACAAUCAAGUAUGAACAUGUUUCUGGGUCCGCGGGCGUCACCGGAGCCUCUGGACAUCAUCCUACUCUCUGCGUUUGAGUUUGACCUCCAUCAGGUCAUCAAAGACUGCAGCAUCGCGCUCAAUAACUGGUGGUUUGUGGCUCAUCUGACCGACCUGCUGGAUCACUGCAAACUGCUGCAGUCACACAACCUACAUUUUGGGUCUAAUCUGCGUGAGUUUCUAGUUUUGGAGUACGCAUCUGGCCUCUUCACACAUCAGAGUCUGUGGCAGCUGGCGGUGGAUUAUUUUGAUCACUGUCCUGAGUUUGGUCGUGUGUAUCUGGAGCUUCAGAUCGAAAGGAUUCCAAUGGACACCGAACGCAAAGCCAUUAAAGUCCUGCGCAUCUGUAAAGACCGACAGAUGAGUGAACAGGUGCGCAGUAUCUGUAAGAUCAUGGCUAAAAGAGCUCUGAGGAACAACAGACUGGGAUCUGCUCUCUCCUGGAGCAUCAGAGCCAAAGAUGCUGCGUUUGCUACACUCAUAUCUGAGAGAUUUCUUCAGGACUACAGUAAUAAAGGCUCUUUCACAGAUCUGGAUUUGUUGGAUAAUCUGGGUCCUGCCAUGCUGCUCAGUGACAGACUCACAUUUUUAGGAAAGUACCGUGAGUUUCACAGGCUCUAUGGUGAAAAGCAAUUCUCAGAUGCGGCGAAACUCCUGCUGUCGCUCAUGACCGCAAAGAUCGCCCCCCGCAGUCUGUGGAUGACACUGCUGACCGACGCACUGCCGCUACUGGAGCAGAAAGAGGUGAUCUUUUCUGUGGCUCAGACGUACGAGCUCAUGUCGUGUCUAGAGGAACUGACAUCAGGAACCAACGAGCCAAAGCAGACGGCACAGGAAGAUGACAUGGAGUCCACAAAGAUGGAGCUGUUACAACUCGCUCUGGCCCGAAAUCUCGCCAUGGCCAUCGUGAAAGAAGGAACGAUAGAAACAUAAUCUCACGCCAUCAUGAAUUUGAUACCAGAAACUCUGUCUACUGUAAAUAAUUCCAAUUUGUUUUUAUUUUUUUUUUAAAUAAAUCUUU